CUCAUUCCUCUUUCCUGUCAACCCCGGCUGAAUCGUUCAGAGAUCACCAUUGUCAUUCCUCAUUCGAGCCUUCAUUCCACGCGACAGUUUUGUACACUGCUUGAGUACCUGACCGAAAAUGGCAGCAACCCCCUACAGUCCCUCCAACCCUCCAAGGAAGGCCCUCACUGGCAGCGAACCCAACUCGUUCGGAUACACAACACUCCAGAGCCGCCUUCCCGUCAUUGUCUCCAAGAUCGUCGAUGACGUCUAUCGGACUUAUCACAGCCUGCCCGACACUGACCCAUUGGGGACGGAAAAGGCGCAAGAGGCCAAGAGCAUCAUUGAAGCCAUUGGAGGAUUGCGAUAUGAGCUGCAACGAGACAAGCCCUUCAGACCGUUGAAAGACGCGCUUCCGGAUGUCACAGAGUGGAACCAGACCCUGGCAGACUACUAUGCGACCUCGUCUUGGUACAAAGCCUCAUGGCUUUUUGCAGAAUGCUACCUCUACCGCCGGGUCAAAGAGGCCUUUGCACUCACCCAGUAUUGGCGCGACUAUGAUCCGUUCUUUGAGCAGAAACAAAACGUCUUCAAGUCCUCCCAAAAGGCCAUCGUUGCCGUCGCCAUGCGACUCAUGUCCCCGACAGACAGUAACAACCACGACAACGACGACGACUCAACUAACAAGGACGCGGAUCGAAAAGUUAAAUCGAUGUCAGCACUGGAUGUGUUGGUGAGUCAGGGUCCGGAAUCCGAGGGUACCAAGGAGGCUUUUUUUGAAAUGACCCAGAUCUGUUUGUGGGGGAACGCUACGGAUCUGUCGUUGUUGGAUAACCCGGAUCUGGCCAAGGUCGAGGAACUGCAGCGUAGGAUGCUGAUGACUUCGUCGUCGUCGUCAUCGUCGAACAAUUCAUCGAGUGCCAAUCUUGAUAAGCAGGCUCAGGAACAUGUUGAAGAACAGCAACAGCGGCGGCAGAAGGACGAGAAGGAGGCUUCAGAAUUGGAGAAGCACGCAGAUAAAAUCCUUAAGAACGAUACGACCUUGCUAUGGGAAAAAGUCAAGGACAUGCGCAACGGACGUGUGGAUUUUAUUCUGGACAAUGCAGGAUUCGAGUUAUAUGCCGAUCUUGUGUUUGCAGACUACCUGAUCCGUGCGGGCUUCGCCUCCGAGAUCGUCUUCCACGCCAAGAACAUCCCCUGGUUCGUCUCAGAUGUCAUACCAUUUGAUUUCCAAUGGACGCUCAAUCAGCUCUACAAAGCCGGCGAUACCUCCGACUCGACCCCAUUCUUCACUCCUUCCGAUCCAGCAGAACAGAAGGCACUCAGGGAUCUGGGUCAGAAGUGGCAUGCGUAUGUGGAUCAAGGGAUCUGGAAGGUCACUACUCACGACUUUUGGACGUCCUGCUAUGCUUUCUACCACCUCCCCACAUUGCCAUCAGCCCAGGAUCUUUUCAAGGAUAUGCAGAAGUCGAGCCUGUGGAUUUUUAAAGGAGACCUGAAUUACCGUAAGUUGGUCUAUGACUGCCAUUGGCCGACCACAACCCCAUUCACGGAAGCAAUCGGACCGUUGAGCAACAGUGACGACAACAAGGAGCGUGUACCCAGUCUGGUGUCAUUCAGGACGAAUAAGGCGGAUGUCGUUGUGGGCUUGGAGCCUGGCGUGAAGGAGAGGAUGGAUAAGGAGGCCAAGGAUUGGAUGGUGAGCGGGGAGUAUGCCGUGAUUUCCUUCAGCCCCUAGACCGACGCUACGAGAAUAUGUUUUUUUUCAAAUAAACGUCUAGAGCUAGAGGUAUCGGUCGAAGCAAAC